GUCGAGAGAUAUGUAGGUUUGAUUUCUAAUUACAGGAGUUGAGCUGAAUGAUCAUUGCCUACAACUUUCUUUCUUGUAAUUAGUACCUUUUAGUGCCAUGCUUCCACUAUUGUUGUUACUGCUGAGUCUGAAGACUCUUAACCAGCCAGCAGUAGCAGCAGGAACAGCAAAAAGUGAGGGAUCUUUCGUGAAGAUUAAAGGAGUUGAUGAAGAUCCAACACCAGCAACUAACGAGACCUCUGAAGACUACUAUGAAGAAUCUUAUAAUGGUCAAACUACUACUGACUCACAAUGGUUGGAUGAAUUUAUUGAAGAAAGAGAUGAGUGUGAGCCAAAUCCAUGUUACAACAAUGGUGUAUGUGAGAAUGAUGGUGAUGGCGAUUUCACAUGUAUUUGCCCCAGGCCUUUUAAGGGCAAAAGAUGUCAAUCUGUUGUAAAUGUGUGUAGGAAUGUCAAAUGCGGACAUGGCGAUUGCGUUUUUAUUGAAACAGAGCCCUUUUAUGAGUGCAAGUGUGUUGCCCCCUUCCAGCCUCCUAACUGCAGGAGACCCUCACCCUGUAAUCCCAGUCCCUGUUUGAAUGGUGGAACAUGUAUAAAGGGUCGUACACGGAUUCAAUUCCAUUGUAACUGUCCUGCAAACUACAGUGGAAAGUUCUGCCAAGUUGGUCCUGGUGAUUGCUAUGAGGGAGAUGGUUCCUCAUACAGAGGUUUCGUCAGUGAGACAGUGUCUAGACAGGAGUGUCUGCCUUGGAACUCUUACCUAAUAAUGCAGUUUAGUCCUUUUGAUAAAGAUGACGAUGUAGAAGAUGAUGGAAUUGGACCUCAUAACUAUUGCAGGAACCCAGAUGGGGAGAGUCAGCCCUGGUGCUUCAUGAGAUACAAAAAUAAGUUGCGUUGGGAUGACUGUAAUGUCACACGCUGCCCUGAACCAGCUCCUAAAACUGAGCUACCAACUACUGGAGGGGAAGAGUCUUAUGUGAAAGCAGAGUUCUCUGAGUGUGGAAAGCCAAAGCCAAGUAGGAUUACAUCUAGGAUCUUUGGUGGGAGAAAGACCAAACCUGGAGCUCAUCCCUGGCAAGCCUCAUUGCAGGUCCGUGUCUGGAAUAGCACUGAUGACUUUGGUCACAAUUGUGGAGGAAUACUCCUGAACUCUUGCUGGGUCCUCACAGCUGCUCACUGCAUUGAGGAACAAUAUGAGAUGCAGGUGGUUUUGGGUGGUGUGGACCUGAAGAGGCAAGAGGCAGCAGAUCAGACUAUUGAUGUUGAAGAUUAUUUCGUGCAUGAGAACUACACUGAAUCCAAACACGCCUUACAUAAUGACAUAGCCCUGCUCAAACUGAAGGCUGUGACAGAAGAUGGUCUUUGUGCCAGAGAAACUCGGUAUGUCAAAUCUGCCUGUCUGCCCCCUGGCCCUUUUCCUGAUGGGAUGGAAUGCUCUAUAUCAGGCUAUGGAACCACUGAGAAAGAUGAAGGCGGUUCCACUCAGUUGCUGGACACAAAAGUUCUCCUGGUCAACCAGACUCGCUGCAUGGCUUCUGAAAUUCUUGGUGAUGUGCUGGAUGACAGCAUGUUCUGUGCUGGAAGAAUACAAGGAGGGAUUGACACUUGCCAGGGAGACUCUGGGGGCCCUCUUGUCUGCAAGCAGAAUGGCACACAUUAUAUAUAUGGAGUGGUGAGCUGGGGCGAUGGCUGCGGCAAGAAGUAUAAACCUGGUGUUUAUGCUCGUGUCACCCACUUCAUUGACUGGAUCAAUGAAAAGAUUCGCCCCACAUAGAGUAGCAUGUGUAUGCAAUAUUGACUGUGUUUACUGUGUGGACAUCAGAUAGUUGAUAAUGUAGCAUAGUUUUCAAAAACUUUUAUUUUUGAAUCCCAUUGUCAUAAGUCAUACAUCAAGCAUGUAUUCUUAAUUAAGCUUAUGUCUGUAGCUAUUGGCAUACUGAAAAAGCUGAACCUGCCAGGCAUAAAGUAUACUGUAUCAAACAUCUCCUGCCACUGGCCAUCAAAUAACUCCUGCCAUUGGCAGUCUAAAAUAAAAAUUGUCCACCUGUGACACACAAAGCUCUUAU